AUGACCACCCAAACGACCGACAAGGCAGUCCAGUCUCAUGCGACCCACGACAGUGAAGCGGUGCCCCAAAAGCCAGAGGCCAACGACGACCAAGAGGUCUUCCGAGAUACGCAAGACGGCGUUGCAUUCCGCACCGUCGGAUGGUUCAGAGCAAGUGUCAUGUUCCUGAAGGUCAUGAUCGCAGUGGGUGUCCUGUCACUGCCAACAACGAUGGACCAGCUUGGAGCAGUUGGCGGGGCUCUGGGUAUACUCGGCUUUGGCCUGUUCAACACCUACUGCUUCAUUAUCUUUGGUGACUUCCGCGCCAGACAUCCCGGCUGUCACUCCGUCGCAGAUAUGGCGGGCGUAGUGGGAGGAUGGCUAACCAAGGAGGUCACUGGGAUCCUGUUUAUCGUGGCGUUUCUACUCAGCACGUCUGCCGGGAUUGUCGGGCUAUCGACCGGCUUCAACGCGCUGUCUCGCCAUGCCGUGUGCACGGUAUGGUGGAAUCUACUUGCAGCCGUGAUCAUCGGCCUUUCAGCGUCCCUCCGAAAGCUUCACCAGGUGGGAUGGAUUACCUACGUUGGGUUCGUGUCAAUCUAUGCGGCUGUUCUCAUCGUGGUUAUCGGAGUCACCCAACAGCCACGACCGGCAGCGGCGCCUCAGACAGGCGAGUUUGAUUUAGGAUUCCAUGCCAUAGCUUAUCCGUCAUUUGCGGAGGGAAUGGUGGCAGCGAGCACGAUAUUCUAUUCGUCGGCUGGGACCAGUGCGUUUCUGCCGGUCAUCAGUGAAAUGCGUCGGCCCAAGGACUAUAAAAAGGCCCUCUAUCUGUGCAUGACAAUUGUGACUACAUCCUAUCUGGCCUUUACUACGGUAAUCUAUCGAUGGUGUGGAAAGUGGCUCGCAAACCCAUCGCUCGGGAGUGCAGGACAAACAAUCAAGAUGGUAGCGUACGGAGUCGCCCUCCCCGGCCUCAUCGCGAGUGGAACGAUCUUUUGCCAUGUCUCCGCCAAAUACAUCUUCGUGCGCCUCUUGCGAGACUCCGGCCAUCUGCAGAGAAACACCGUUGUCCACUGGUUCACCUGGCUCGUGGCCGUGGCCUCGGUCACAGUCCUCGCGUUCAUCUUUGCAGAAGUCAUUCCCAUCUUCAACUAUAUCCUUUCGCUCACUGGCGGCGUCUGCUUUGCGCCACUGGCCAUGAUCCUCCCCGGGUGGCUCUGGCUUCAUGACCACCGCGAUUAUUGUCGAGGCAGCUGGUGGCGCAUCGUCCUCUAUGCACUUCACUGGGGUAUGAUUGGGGUUGGCCUUCUAUUUCUCGUGGGUUCGACAUAUGGUGUGGUUCUUCAGAUCAACACCGCGUACCAUAAUGGAACGAUUGGGUCCGUGUUCUCGUGUGCCGACAACUCAAACUCCUCCUAA